AAGGUCGAUUCGAAGAAGCUCCAAGCGUCGAUCGAAGAGGCAGCUCUAGCACAGAAAGCCAAAGAGCUGGAGGAUGUCGCAUACAGCACACCAAUGCGCAAUCGCGUGUUCUCAUCGCCAGGCCAUGAUGGCACAUUGGACUUUAUCGAAGGCUAUCUGGACUCUGUAAAGGACUACUACACUUAUGAACGACAAGAGUUCAUCGCGCUUUACUCUCAAGCGAGCGGAUCGCUCAUCGCCGGAGAGACGAAAUACCCGUCCACGAUUUACCAAUAUUCGCCAUCUACCGACGGAACGAUCACCGCUCCAAUCGUUGAAGUCCAAAAUCUAGGCUGCAAUGAAACCGACUAUACCGAUGCCGUCUCUGGCGCAAUCGCUUUGAUCUCAAGAGGAGAAUGCACCUUUGGGACAAAGUCGGCCCUGGCUGGCAACGCCGGUGCUGUAGGUGCGAUCAUCUACAACAACGUGCUAGGACCAGUUAGCGGAGGCACUCUUGGAGCGCCGCCAAAUCCUCUCGGUGACUACAUUCCUUCUGCCGGUGUUUCUCAAGAAAAUGGCACUGCGAUCCUGGAAGCGCUCCAGGCAGGUGUGGUUGAGGGACAACUGGAGGUGGACAGUAUAAUCGAGAACCGAACAACGUAUAACAUCGUUGCCGAUACAAUUGGAGGCGACAAAAACAACGUCUUGGCAAUUGGAGCUCAUUCCGAUUCCGUCUUCGCUGGACCUGGCAUCAACGAUGACGGUAGCGGAACUAUCGGUAUACUUGAGACUGCACUUCAGCUUGCAAGCUACAGCACCAAGAAUGCCAUCCGCUUCUGCUUCUGGUCUGCAGAAGAAUUCGGUCUGCUUGGCUCAGAGCACUACGUUACAACCUUGCCGAGUGCCGAAGCCGACAAGAUCAAGCUCUACCUUAAUUUCGACAUGAUCGCUUCACCAAACUUCCAGUAUGCCUUGUACGAUGGCGACGGUGACACUUUCAACAUCACUGGACCACCUGGCUCAGCCGAGGUCGAGCACUUCUUCGAGGAUUGGUUCGAGGAGCAAGGUAUUCCUACCAAGGCGACGGCCUUUGAUGGUCGAUCCGACUACGGUCCAUUUUUGGACGCUGGUAUCCCGGCUGGUGGCAUUUUCACUGGCGCCGAGCAGCUCAAAACCGCUGAGGAAGCAUUGCUCUGGGGUGGCCAAGCUGGUGUUGCUUACGAUCCCAACUACCAUCUCGCUGGCGAUAAUUACACGAAUCUCAACUUUGAAGCCUUCCUCACCAACACCAAGGCAAUCGCUGCUUCGAUCGCCUAUUAUGGCUCGGACCUUUCGAGCAUCCCGCCCAGAAACUCCACAAUGAAGAUGGUCAAGACGAGAGGCUUGCAUCACCACCCUCACGCCAAGCGUAACACGGUUCAUACGCACGAGAACACGUAUGAUUGCGGAGCUGCACCCAAGGUAUUCUCGUAAGCUCCUCGCAGAAUAUAUACAGACAUUGGUCUGAGUACAGGGAGUCUGCGGCUAUGUAGAAUUCGCUAGAUCUUACCGAGUAAGUAAGUCUGCAGAAAAAAUCAUACUCGAA